UUUGUGGGUGGGAGGACAGAGCAUGCAGCUGGAGCUCCCCAGCAGCAGAAGAAAGAGCAGGGGCAGAGGAGACUGCAGAUCCAGCCAGCGAGCACAGCCUGUCCUUUCAUCCCUGCCUGCACCUGCCUUGGCUGAGGGUGCCCCUGCUUGCAGGCUCCGCUCCCCGGGACCCACCGGAGCCAUGGGGGCUGUUGGCGUUCUGGGCUGGCUGCUACCGCCGCUGCUGCUGCUGCAGGUGGUGCCCCAGGCUGCAGGUGCCCGGCCCUGCAGCCCCAAGUACUUCGGCCGCGAUGCCAUGGUGUGUGUCUGCAACGCCACGUACUGCGACACGCUGGACCCCGUGGUCCUGCCGGCCCUGGGCACCUACAUCAAGUAUGAGAGCAGCAAGGCUGGCAAGCGGCUGGAGCGCAGCGAGGGGAGCUUCCAGAGCAGCCUGCACACCCCAGAGCUGCUGCUGACGCUCAACAUCUCCACACUGUACCAGCACGUGAAGGGCUUCGGCGGGUCCCUCUCUGAUGCUGCUGCCCUGAACAUCCUGGGGCUGUCGCAGCCAGCCCAGGACAACCUGCUGCGCUCAUACUUCUCUGAGAGUGGAAUUGAGUACAACCUCAUCCGGCUCCCCAUGGCUUGCAGCGACUUCUCCGUGCGCCCAUACAGCUACGACGACAUCCCCCACGACUAUGAGCUGAAGCACUUCAGACUGGCCGAGGAGGACGUGAAGAUGAAGAUCCCCCUCCUGCAUCGAGCCUCAGCCAUGAGCAGGCGGCUGCUGUCACUGUAUGCCAGCCCCUGGACCUCCCCAGCCUGGAUGAAGAGUAACGGGGACAUCCGUGGGAAGGGCACGCUGAAGGGGCAGGCAGGGGACAAGUACCACAAGACCUGGGCCAACUACUUCAUCAAGUUCCUGGACGAAUACGCCAAACACAACCUGACCUUCUGGGCAAUGACGGCACAGAACGAGCCCCUUGCAGCACUCCUCGCGCCCCCCCAGUUCCCCACCAUCGCCUUCACUGCCGCACAGCAGCGGGACUUCAUCAUCCGUGACCUGGGCCCCGCGCUGGCCCGCAGCCCCCACCGCACCCGGCUCAUGAUCCUGGACGACCAGCGCCUCCAUCUCCUGCGCUGGGCCAAAGUGGUCCUGGGCAAUGCCACCGCUGCCCGCUAUGUUGCUGGCGUGGGGGUUCACUGGUACCUGGAUGGCCUCGUCCCAGCCAGCUGCAGCCUGGAGGCGACCCACAAGCUCUUUCCUGACCAUUUUCUCCUCUACACGGAGGCCUGCAGUGGCUUCCUCACCAGCCGGUUCUCUGUGUCCCUGGGCUGCUGGGAGCGAGGGAACCACUACAGCCACAGCAUCCUGACGGUACUGAACCACUUUGUGGCCGGCUGGACUGACUGGAACCUGGCCCUGGACCUAGAGGGGGGCCCCAACUGGGUCAAGAACUAUGUGGACAGCCCCAUCAUUGUGGACAGCAGCAAGAAUGUCUUCUACAAGCAGCCCAUGUUCUACCACCUGGGGCACUUCAGCAAGUUCAUCCCCGAGGGCUCGCAGCGUGUGGGGCUACACAUCAGCCACCGAUAUCUCUCCUGUCAGCUGGAGCACGUGGCCAUCCUGCGCCCCGACAGGGCUCUUGUCCUGGUGGUCCUUAACAGGUUUGGCUGGGACGUGCCGUUCGGGAUCCGAGACCCUGCUGUUGGUUUCAUCAAGACUGUGGCUCCAGCCAACUCCAUCCAGACCUACCUGUGGCGCCAGCAGUGA